AUGGCCAUUACAUUCUCAGAUCUCUACACCGAAGCCGGCCUCAAGUCCCUCGAUGACUUCCUUGCCGGAAAAUCUUACAUCUCCGGAGACCGGCUUACUCUGGAUGACAUAAAGGUGUACGCAGCGGUGUUGGGGAAGCCCGAUUCCUUUGCGAAUGUGAGCAAGUGGUACGACUGCGUUUCAUCCCAACUCGCCGCAAACUUCCCCGGCAAGGCAGUCGGAGUCAGAAUCGGAAGCGGCAAGGCUCCUGCUGCUCCUGCUGCUCCUGCUGCAGCCGGAGGAGAUGACGACGACGACUUGGAUCUCUUUGGUGAUGAAACCGAGGAGGACAAGAAGGCAGAAGCAGAGAGGGAGGCAGCCAAAAAGGCAUCUACCAAGAAGAAGGAGAGCGGCAAAUCCUCUGUUCUUCUGGAUGUCAAGCCUUGGGACGAUGAGACUGACAUGAAGAAGCUCGAAGAGGCUGUUCGCAGUGUGGAGAUGGAGGGUCUCUUCUGGGGAGCAUCAAAAUUGGUUGCAGUUGGUUAUGGGAUCAAGAAGUUGCAGAUCAUGCUCACCAUUGUCGAUGACCUCGUCUCUGUCGAUGACCUCAUUGAGGAGCAGCUUACCGCCGAGCCGCGCAACGAGUAUAUCCAGAGCUGUGACAUUGUUGCCUUCAACAAAAUUUAA